GCACCGCACGCGCGCGUCACCCCGACCGCCCAGCGGCAUGCAUGGAUCCCAUCCCUUGGUGGCGCACCGCAGCCGCCGGGCUGGCCGCAACAAGACAAAAAGGCCGUCCGACCCCGCCCACCCACGCGCAUCACACCCGCGUGCGGCCGCAGAUGGAGAUGGCGGACCGCGCGGAGACGGCGACAAGUCGACGGCGACGAAGACUUCCCCCUCGCGGACGCCGGCCGGAGCCCCGGAGCCGUCUCCGUCAAGGCGUCAACUGAAGCGCGCGCCCGCGAGAGAAUUUUUUAAGUUAAGGUGCAGGUGCAGGGGCUGCUGGAGCAGGACAAGAAUGCGCUGUCAGGGGAGCAGUGGCGACGCAUGUGGCGAGAGGAUCAUGGUUGGUUGCUUCCUGUGGAUGCGAACCUGGCUGGGAAGGAAAACUACCGACUACCAGAAUGAUGCAACCUCGUCGGUGUCAGAUUACUGUUCCGGGCAGUUAGUUCCCUGGGCACGCCAAGUUUAAUUUUAAUCCGGUUUUUGUACCUGGCCCUUGUUUAGUUUCUAAAAAUUUUUACAAAAUUUCAUCGAAUCUUUACACA